AUGCCGGCGGCGGCGGGGGACGGGCUGCUGGGCGAGCCGGCGGCGCCGGGGGGCGGCGGCGGCGGCGGCGGCGGCGGCGGCGGCGGCGGCGGCGCGGAGGACGCGGCCAGGCCGGCGGCGGCCUGCGAGGGAAGUUUCCUGCCGGCCUGGGUGAGCGGCGUGUCCCGCGAGCGGCUCCGCGACUUCCAGCACCACAAGCGGGUGGGCAACUACCUCAUCGGCAGCAGGAAGCUGGGCGAGGGCUCCUUCGCCAAGGUGCGCGAGGGGCUGCACGUGCUGACCGGAGAGAAGGUGGCCAUAAAAGUCAUUGACAAGAAGAGAGCCAAAAAGGACACCUAUGUCACCAAGAACCUUCGGCGAGAGGGGCAGAUUCAGCAAAUGAUCCGCCACCCCAACAUCACCCAGCUCCUUGAUAUCUUGGAGACGGAAAAUAGCUAUUACCUGGUCAUGGAGCUGUGUCCUGGGGGCAACCUGAUGCACAAGAUCUAUGAGAAGAAGCGGCUGGAGGAAUCUGAAGCCCGCAGAUACAUCAGGCAGCUCAUCUCUGCGGUGGAGCACCUGCACCGGGCUGGGGUGGUCCACAGGGACUUGAAGAUAGAAAAUUUGCUACUAGAUGAAGACAAUAAUAUCAAGCUGAUUGACUUUGGUUUGAGCAACUGUGCAAGGAUCCUGGGCCACUCCGACCCGUUCAGCACGCAGUGUGGCAGCCCGGCCUACGCCGCGCCCGAACUUCUUGCCAGGAAGAAAUAUGGCCCCAAAAUCGAUGUCUGGUCCAUAGGCGUGAACAUGUAUGCUAUGUUGACUGGGACCCUGCCUUUCACGGUGGAGCCUUUUAGCCUGAGGGCUUUGUACCAGAAGAUGGUGGACAAGGAAAUGAAUCCCCUCCCCACCCAGCUCUCCACAGGCGCCAUCAACUUCCUGCGCUCUCUCCUGGAACCAGAUCCUGUGAAGAGGCCCAAUAUUCAGCAAGCAUUGGCGAAUCGCUGGCUUAAUGAGAAUUAUACGGGCAAAGUGCCGUGUAAUGUCACCUAUCCCAACAGGAUUUCCCUGGAGGACCUGAGCCCGAGUGUGGUGCUUCACAUGACGGAGAAGCUGGGCUAUAAGAACAGUGACGUGAUCAACACUGUGCUCUCCAACCGUGCCUGCCACAUCCUUGCCAUCUACUUCCUCUUAAACAAGAAACUCGAGCGCUAUUUGUCAGGGAAAUCUGACAUCCAGGACAGCGUUUGCUACAAGACCCAGCUCUACCAGAUAGAAAAGUGCAGGCCCACCAAGGAGCCCUAUGAGGCCUCCCUGGACACCUGGACAAGAGACCUUGAAUUCCAUGCUGUGCAGGAUGAAAAGCCCAAAGAACAAGAGAAAAGAGGAGAUUUGCUUCAUCGGCCGUUUUCCAAGAAGUUGGACAAGAACCUGCCCUCACACAAACAGCCCUCUCCCUCUCUCAUCACACAAAUUCAGAACACCAAAGCUCUGCUGAAGGACCGGAAGGCCCCCAAGUCUGGCUUCCCCGACAAAGAUGCCUUCGGCUGCCGCAAUAUUUUCCGCAAAGCCUCAGAUUCCAAUUGUGUGGCUUCGUCUUCCAUGGAGUUCAUCCCCGUCCCACCCCCCAGGACCCCCAGGAUUGUCAAGAGACCAGAGCCCCCCGUGCAGGGCCCUGGGGGUGCUGGCGUCCCGCCCAAGGAAGACCCCCUGGUGCUGGAUAUGGUGCGCUCCUUCGAGUCCGUGGAUCGCGAGGACCACACUGAACCGCCGUCCCCGUCUCAUCACUACAGGAUCCUAGGCUCGCCGGGGGGCCUGGCCCGUGGGAAUCCCGGGGAGCGGACACUCUCCCCGGCCCUGCUGCCUGGAAGCCUGUCCCCUCUGCAGACCCCUCUGCAUCCCACUCUGGUCUCCUUUGCUCAUGAGGAGAAGAACAGCCCCCCAAAGGAGGAGGGCAUGUGUCCCCCACCUCCAGCUCCCAGCAGCGGCGGCACGCAGCCCCUGGGGAGCCCGAAUUGCGUGAAAAGCCGGGGCCGGUUCCCCAUGAUGGGCAUCGGACAGAUGUUGCGGAAGCGACAGCAGAGCCUGCAGCCCCCCGCAGACCGGCCCCUGGAGGCCAGCAUGCCCCCGCUGCAGCCCAUGGCCCCCGUGAGCCUCUCCUUCGACGUGCCCGACGGGGUCAAAGGCCAGUGCUAACCUGGGCCACUGGCAGGAUUCUGGGGAUUUCGGAAGAAAGCGAUGACCAGAGUUCCACGCACGAUUUGGGGUGUGAAGAUCGGAAGGCCUCGUGGGAGCCUCCUUUGAGGUCUCCUCCCCUCCUGCCGUGCCCUGUCCCGACUGUGAACAGCUGAAACCCGCAGACCCAAAGCCUGCACAACCCGGCCUUGCGCAGGGACCCCGGAGAUGCUGCGCUUUCCCAGGAGGGCUGGCUACAGGUGCAGUCUCAAUCGUUCAUGUCCUCCAUCCGCCUGCCUCCCCCUGCCCGGGGCCCGCUGCUGGGUGGAAACCGUGCAUCAGCCCCUGGGCUCCUCACAUCACGGCCUGUUCCAAGAUCUUUCCUCACUUUUUGCUCUGUGUGUGCCUCUCAGGACUGUGGCUUCUCAACAGUCGGCCAGUCACACGGUGGCUCCUCCUGCAGGCCACGCAACCUUUCCUCUCGCAGGGGUGAAUCCCUGCAGGCCCGAGGAGCCAGUGACUCAACUGCCAGGGCUCAGGCACGUCAGAGGAGGACAGGCCGCAGCCUCCGCCAGCGGCACCAGCCCCUCUGCGCAGGCAGGGGCAGCCGGGCAGACACGGAGCCAGACCACGGGCAGCCCAAUGAAAGGAAAAGGCCAAAGGGGACAUGCGUUUGCCAUCUUCUUAUUUUGGUUGAAACUUGCUUAAGCGUUGAGUUAUCUUUUCCAAAGAUGAUUUUUUCCCCCUUUAUGUGAUGUCAGAGCGAAGUAGCGUAAUUUAGAAACCCCUGGAUGGGGAGAUGAGAAGCGAUCCUACCAAACUCCUGUUUUUUCGAGAAGAUAGGCAUGGAGGGCCUCAGACCCCCCCCACCCCCCCACCCCCGUGAUGUUUUCAGUGGCUGGCGGCCUGCCGUGGGCGCUGGCCCCUGCGUUUCUCCCGCCCUAUCAACGCAGCCUCAUCCUUCUGGAAGGCAUGGGACAUGCUUACAGUUGGUUCUUUAGGAAGAGAGAAAAUGCCAAGGUUGGAUGUGGGUGCAUUCGGAAGGCACCGUUCAUUACCUCUGCCCAGCGCAGUUUUCACGCUGCCAAGGAAACAAGUGUGGUUUAGCGCUGAACUAGUUUGCUAUAAGCUGCGAGCAGCCUCGCCGGGCGGCGAGCACAUUCGGAUGCGGCACCGCGGCUUCUCGGAGGAAGGCAGCGUCCCUCCAACGUGCUCUGAGUCCACGUUCUGUUUUCACACCUUUUGCCAAGGCUCGAACCAAAGAUGCGUCUCCGGUUCUGUGUCUGCGCCAUCCCGUGUGCACAUUUUGCAGAUCCCAGUGUUGUGUGACCGUGGCUAGCAAGGGGCCUGCUGGGGCCGUCUCCGCGUGGGGCCUGGGCCCUGGCGCUGGGCGGGGGCCGCUCAGUCAGGAGCAAAAUUGGAACAAAAAGAUCACAGCAGCAUGGGUUAGAGAGCGGUUAGCUCAGGAGACAGGUCACUCAGCGGCUUGGGGUCUUCAGCUCCUUGACGAGUGCAGGCAUGAGCAGAACCCACAGCUGUGAUCACCCCCAGGCGAGGCCUCUCCGCCCCCUGAUUCCGAAACAGGCCGUGGCCGUGGGGAGUGGCAAAGCCUGCCUUCAUUUCCACCUGGCAGCCCGCCCGGGCCAGAGAGCCGUGGGGUGGUUCUUCAUCUUGUCUCAUUUCGCAAUGUUGACCUCCGUCGGCCCCACACGUUUCUGACUGAGCAAGGAAACGGUGGAUACUUGGCUGACCCUGGAAGCCACCCAGAGGCCCAGUCCUGGCUGACCCUUGACGAGACCCGGAGCUGCUGCUUCCCCCUUAUUGGGGUCAUCCCGGCUCUGGGGCCUGUUGGGAAGGAGUCAGGCUCCAGGUUGUCGGUGUUCCUCCUUUGUGUGGCUCCAGACCGGGUUCCAGAACUUUCCAUCGAAAAUGGAGCUUGCUAAGCAGAAAGAAGAAACGCCUCUGAAAAAAACCUCUCCAAGUGACGUGAAGCGUGUGGUUUUGGAUCAGUGAAGGAACCUUUUUUGAACAUGGUUGCUAGCUGCAGGUGUCCCGCUCUGCAGGUUUGCAGGCUGUGUCCUUGUGCCUUGUGAACAUCUAUCCCUUUAUGUCUCUUUCUUGUAUUGUACCUUCCUUGAAAACAUGAGUGUCUUCCUGUAUCGCGGAUUAGCUCAUCGGGCAUGUUUUCUGUUCCUCGAUUCCAGCUGUCAUACGACUAACCGUGUCACCAUCGGUAACUUGAACUGUGAACUCAGGUUUAUUCCAGACCCAGUGAGAGGUGAGGGGGGAGUGAGGAAAGGGGAGGGUCAACUGUAGUUUUUUGUAUGUGAGCACCUGACAAAUCUAUGAAACCGAGUGAAAGAAGAAAUGUUAAAUUCUUUAUUAUUUUAUUAUAUUUAUAUGGGAAACUUGACCGUCCCUUUGGUAAGUACAGAGUAUGUUGUCUGUUUGACCCGUGACUGUCUCUCAUUAGCCUGUGCCCAUGACCUCAGUCAGCCUGUAGUUACGGACGGAAAUGACUGACCUGUCACCGUGUAAAGUCCAGGAGGAAAAGUCGACUGUAAUUGUGCGAUUUGGUCAUAAGUAAGGACUGUAUUUAUGUCACCAUUAUUAAAUAUAUGUACUUUUGUAAUGACUGUGAAAUACACUUUUCCCUCUCUCUGA